UGCUGUCGUAUGGGCGUUAUUCGCCAACUGAGCCAUACAACAAGAAGAAAUCAUAUAUUCACUAGGCUCACUAGACUUAUUUUUCAGCUGUACGCUUUUGUGAUUUCGAACAAAGAUGCUUCACGUCAGAGGAGAAAAGAAAAAAUUAGCGUAAAAAGUAAAAGUGCAGUAAACAGAAUGAUUUACUGUCGGACUGUAUCUGAUAUGUCAUCUGAAUUAGAUGAUCUGAGCAGGUUAUGUUUACAUCACGGGCAUCACGAUCGGAGUGCAGUCUUCGUAUCUAAUAGUGUAGGCGUGAAGUAAAUCAUGUAGCACUUUAUUUGCUUGUCAUGAUGCGCUUCAGCGCGCUUUACGCGGAUGGAUGGAUGGAUGAACCGUGAAAAAUUAUUUCCUAGAUGGGCACGGGAUGCACCGCGUGCCAAUGCAUCUCUCGAUGCAUCUUCAAAUCGGUCACGUUCAACUACGUGGAACGGUAUCUAGAUUCUUCAGAAUCAGCUGUUGAAUGUCAAAUGUGUUUUCUUUUAUUUUGCCAACUCAUGGAAUGACACUUUUGUUCCGAGUUUGAUCUUGUAGUGGAAAAAGGCGUUUGGUUCAACGACCCUUAUCGCUCGAGUAUGAUUAAGACUGAUCGCGUUCCGUGAGGAAAAUAAAGAAAAAUAAGUAGUUGGCCUUGCACCUUUGUCGAGAGAUUACCUUGAUAGCGCGUUGUACUAAUAGCGAGGAAUGUCGCACAAUUUAUAUGCUCAAUAACAAUAUUAGCAUAAUUAACUUUUCCUACAAAAAAAACUUUAGAUUGAAAAAUUAGUAUGUUCUAUUUGUGCACAAUGAAGCAAUAGAUAUAUUCAAGAUACAUAUAGUUUUAUAUCUGUAUAUGGAGUAGUCAAGCGAUACGUAUGUCAGAUCAAAAUCUGCAGAAAUUUUUGCAAAGAAAGAGAUUGAUGAUCUGUGUGUCAUAUAUUAAUGCUUGGUGCCAAGAUUUUUACAACAAAAUCUUCAAUUAUAUUUUUAAAUGGGAAAAUAGUAUAGAACUAUCUUAAUGGAUCGCUGUAAGAAAUUUUUUAUCAGAAGGAGCAGUGUAUCUUCCCUUGAUGGUUUAGAGACUGAACUAGAAAGAAAAGAACGAUGGAGAAGCAUCUACGCAAUUUACUUUACCAUGUUCCUGAUGUCCCUUGGUUUCAGCAUUAUACUUACUGGCGUUUGGCCAUACUUAGACAAGUUGGACCCCACGGCAGGAAAAAUAUUCAUGGGUUACGUGGUGGCGGCCAAUCCAUUGGGACAAAUGUUAUUUUCACCUCUGGUCGGCUGGUGGGGCAAUAAAAGGGGAUCAGUGCGGUUACCACUUUUGAUAACACUGGCUUUAUUCACUCUCGCAUCAGCAGCUUACAGUCUCCUCGAAGUGAUACCUGGUGAUAAAAAGAUUUAUAUGGUCGUUGCUAGAUUCUUCGUUGGAGUUAGUUCUGCUAAUAUUGCAGUAGCGAGAUCUUAUUUAUCUGCAGCUACAAAAUUUUCAGAGCGCACACAAGCUGUUUCUAUGGUCUCUCUUGCACAGGUACUGGGUUUUGUGGUGGGUCCUGGUCUGCAAGCUGCCGUGACACCUCUUGGAGAUCAUGGUGUAACAUUUAUGAUGCUGCCUAUAAACAUGUAUACAGCAGCUGGUUGGAUUAAUGUGAUAAUGGGAGUCAUCAAUUUCAUUUUGUUUUUUCCAUGGAAUUUUAAGGAACAUAAGAUUGCCAUAAAAGAAGCUAUGCGUAACGAGGGUAAAGCUACAGAAGAAGAAACUUGGAAGGCCAUUAAGCCUGAUUAUCUGGCAUCGUGGACAUUAAUUUGUGCAUUUUUCGUUUUGGUGUUUAACUUUGUUCUUCUUGAGACACUUGGCACCUCCCUCACCAUGGAUCAAUUUGCUUGGUCUAAGAAGGAGGCGCUAUAUUAUAUGGGAAUAUUGAUGAGCGUUGGGGCUGUAAUAGCAUGCGUUACAUUCGUCUUGAUCGGACCACUUUGUAAAAGAUUCGAGGAACGUAAAGUAAUGUUAUGGGGUGGAUUCUUUUUGAUGGUGAUUGGAAGAGUGCUAUGUAUCCCAUGGGGUCCUGAUCUUCCUAAAAUUGCAGAUUUUGGACCAUAUAAUAAUAUUACGGAGGACGAUAACGGUACAGAAAUAGUAGGAUGCCCAAUUACUCAGGAAUGGUGCCUGUACACUCCGCAAUUGACGAUUACUCAAUUUUUCAUCGGUUACGGCUUUACCUCCGUCGGUUAUCCUCUAGGAGUUACUCUGAUACAAACGAUAUUUAGCAAAGUCCUCGGGCCACGUCCGCAAGGCGUGUGGAUGGGUUUGAUGACGGGUGCGGGUUGCGCAUCUCGCGUCUUGGGUCCGGUGUUCGUAGGCUUCAUUUAUACUCGCCUAGGAACGUAUCAUACCUUUGGUAUCACCGGGAUAAUGUUGAUCAUUUCCAUGCUUUGGCUGCAAGUCGUGAAUAAGCGUUUGAUCCCACCAGAAGCGAACCAAGAUAGCCACGCGCCGGGUAAGGAAGGCAAAGAUGUCGAAAUCCCGUUAGUUAAUUUAAGGUCUGCAAAUAUUCAGACGUCGCACGAAACGGAAAAGCAUAACGGAGCAUCGGAUUGUGAUAAAGCGUAACAAUAAUUGUUGAUAAAGAAAAUCCUUGCCAGUGCAAUAUGCCAGUGCAACUGCCACAAGACAAACGAAUGCACAAACAUUAGUGCGAUAACGAUACGAAUUAAUCUAUAUUUUUUAUGAAUCUAUACAAAUUACUGUUACAUUCUUUAUACACGUGUAGAUAUUUUAUACAAUAUUAUUAUAUACAAUGUUAUAGGCGUUGUGUUAAAGUAUGAAGUGAAUACCUUACUUAGAAUUGUUAUGAAUAUAACAAUGAGACAAAAAGAGAUUAAUAAUUAUUCUAAACAACGAUUUUAGUGAUACAAUUUAGUGAUACAAUUUGUUCAUUUCAUGAUAUUUUUAUAAAUUCACGUUGCAAGCUCAUAUUAAUAAUUACAGGAUAAUUAGAUAGCUAUUGCGAAACUUAGAUUGCAAAGUAGUAAAGACUCGCCA